AUGAUUCACCGAAACUAUUAUUUAAUCAUUCUUAACGUGUUAAUUUGGAAUUUCUACACAUUGAAGUGCGACUUUGAGGCUGAAGAAGGAUCAAAAUGUCACGACUCACGCGGGAAAAAUGGCACCUGCGUCAACGCGUGCCACUGUCUGUCUGUUGUUGAUGACAUAAGAAGGAGAGACUACCCAUCUAUUUGUUCGUUUCAAGGACAUACUCCUAUCGUGUGCUGCACAGACUGCAAAAAAGUACGGCACAUAAAGAAUGUUAUUAUUGACAAGCAAGGCGGAAUCCACUUCAGAACGGGGAAAAAGGCCUACGAUGGAUGUUUAGAACACCUAGCGAAUUUGCCAGACGAAGGUUGUGGCACUACCACGGGGCUCGUGAAGCACUGGCACGAAGAGAAGCAGUGCUACAAGUAUUCAAGACUUGGUGUGCUCGCAGCCAACGUUGGACGUGAUGCCGAGAGAGGACAGUUCCCGCAUAUGGCUCUCCUGGGCUACGGUCCUGAGCUAAGCACAGCUGAGUGGCUUUGUGGAGGGUCCCUCAUUAGUAAUAAGUUCGUGUUGACUGCUGGGCACUGCAUAUCGAGCACUAUUUUUGGUAAAGUUCGUUAUGUAGCGAUGGGUAUACUGAAGCGGACUGAUCCUCCUGAGCACUGGCACCAGUACAAAGUCAAGAACAUCAUACCACACCCAGAGUACCAUCCACCAUCCAAAUACCACGAUAUAGCGUUGCUGGAAACGAGUACAAGGGUCACGUUCAACCAGCACGUGUUCCCUGCUUGCCUGAACAUAGAUGAUUUUUUUUAUGGAUCCGUGACAGCGACAGGAUGGGGCGCCAUGGGACAUAGGAAGCAAUUGGCUGAUACAUUACAGAUUGUAACGCUCCAAUCAUUUUAUGACGAGGUAUGUUUAGUUCACUACCCACCACACCGGAACAUAGCUACGGGGUUUAACAGCACCAUACAACUCUGUUACGGCGAUGAAAGGGGAUCCAAAGACACUUGCGAGGGAGACAGCGGUGGACCUCUCCAGGCCAAACCAGGUAUAUCCACAUGCCUUCACACUGUGAUAGGAGUAACGUCAUAUGGCAGGAACUGUGGGUACAAGGGCCAGCCAGGCAUCUACACGAGGGUCAGUUUCUACGUCCCUUGGAUUGAAAGCAUCGUAUGGCCGUGA